AGUGUUUACAUCAGCAAGGGUGAUGAUGGCAGACGUCAGCUGUUCCGCACCGCCUGCUUAGUGCUGUCACCGCUGCCUCUGAUCACCUUAGAUACUGUGAUAUUUUGUUAAUCGUGGGCACAGCUAAAGUGAACCUCCGCUUUUAUCAGGGUGACGAUGAUACAAACCAUUAACAACAUUAGGGACUCCAUGCUGGAGAUGUUUGAGUUGGUAUCCCAGAUGUUCUCCCUGUCGGUGCGAGUGUGGUCACUGGCCAUCACUGUCUUGCUGCAGCUGCUUGUCAUCUUGGUGGGGCUCCUCUGUCUGUGCUGGGUGCUCCUCAAGUUUUGCGUGUAUACAUUGCCAAGGGGAGACCCAGGGCAGAUCCACGUGGCAUUCUUUCACCCUUAUUGCAAUGCUGGAGGUGGAGGGGAGAGGGUGCUGUGGUGCGCCAUCAGAUCACUGCAGAAGAAGUACAAAAACAUCAAGUGCUACAUCUACACAGGGGACACAGAAGCUUCACCAGAGGAGAUUCUGCAAAAAGCGAAGGACAGGUUUAAUGUUACUCUGCCGCAGCCUGUUGAAUUUAUAUUUCUGAGAAGCCGUAGUAUUGUCGAGGCCAAAUAUUACCCUUUCUUGACGCUGUUCAUGCAGAGUAUUGGCUCCAUAAUGCUGGCUGGGGAAGCGCUGUCCAAGUUUCGGCCAGACAUCUUUUUUGAUUCCAUGGGUUAUGCAUUUACCUACCCAGUGUUCCGCUUCAUUGGCGGCUGUGUGGUGGGGUGCUACACUCACUACCCCACCAUAAGUACUGACAUGCUGAAUAGAGUUUCGGACAGGCUUGAGUCCCACAACAAUAGGAGGCUCAUUGCAAACAGUGCUUUCUUCAGUUUUGCCAAGAUGGUUUAUUACAGAGUGUUUGCCGAGCUGUAUUCUCUCGUCGGCUGGAGUGCACAGGUGGUGAUGGUCAAUUCUUCCUGGACACAUGGACACAUUUCGUCACUCUGGGGAGUGAAUCGACGCAUUCAUAUCGUGUAUCCUCCAUGUGAUACAGAAAAAUUCAAAAGUCUCGAGAUCAUUCCUGACGUAGAGAAGAAAGUCAAGUCCAUAGUGUCAAUAGGCCAGAUUCGUCCAGAGAAAGACCACGCCCUCCAGUUGAAAGCCCUCCACCGACUCUGUGAGAUUGUGGACCCUGCCACCGAGACUCAGCUUGUGAUCAUUGGUGGCUGCCGGAAUGAGGAGGACCACCAGAGGGUCACGGCGCUGAAAGACUUGGCGGCCUCCCUGAACAUUGAGGACAAAGUAGUGUGGAAGCUGAAUGCACCAUUUGAUGAGCUGCUGGAGUGUGUUCAGCAAGGCACAAUUGGACUGCAUACCAUGUGGUGUGAACAUUUUGGCAUCUGUGUGGUGGAAUGCAUGGCUGGUGGCCUCAUAAUGGUUGCUCAUGAUUCUGGGGGACCAAAAAUGGACAUUGUUGUAGAUUAUGAAGGACAGCAAACUGGAUACAGGGCAUUGGAUGUUGAGUCUUAUGCACAGGCAAUGAAAACUGUUCUUGAGUCUUCCAGUGAGACGAAAGAAAGCAUGCGACUAGCGGCCAAGAGUUCUGUCGACAGGUUUAGUGAUGCAGAGUUUGAAAUGGCCUUUCUUGGUGCUUGCGAGAGUCUAUUUUCCUCCACUAAUGUAGUUUUGAAUUAAUGCUUACUGUUAAAAUGUUACUAGUUGUAGCUAUUUAUUAUGACAAAUGUUAUGGCUUCAUAACUUUGGUAAAGGAAAAAUUUUGUUGUGUAGGAGUGGCUACCUUAAUAUGCAUAGAAGUGAGAGGGAGUUGGCACUAUUUAGUGUUAAGGUGGGUGCCUUUUCUGUGAUCUGUAACCUUUGCUGUCCUCUCUUGAGAUGUCCACUUAGUUGUUCAUUGUAGGGAAUAAGGUGGUGAUGAUGGUAGUAGUGCUGGUGAUGACAGUGAAGCUGGGGAUAGUGGUGGUGAUGGUGAUAGGCAGUACCUCCAUGUUCUUUCACGCUGCAUAUUGCCGAGCUGCUGUCAGGCAGUAAGGGGUGACCCAUGUAAAUGUGGAGCCUGCUUUUCAAAAUUAUGAUGAUUAAACUCACAGUCCCUGGAAAGGAAGAACCUGGAGGGAUGUGAGUUGCUAGAAACAGAGAUAGAUUGGUGAAAAAUGUUGUUGGCCAGCAAUUGUUUCUGCUUUUUUGAUAAAUCUGUUGCAGUUACUUAUAAUUUUUCUAGUAAUUCUAUGAAAGGAUUUAAUAGACAACUGCCAUAGAAAGUAUGCUCUAUUUUAUACUUAGAGUAAAUUUAUACUUUAAUUUUUUUCUAGGCCACCAUAGCAAAUUUACAGGAUAAGUCCAAUCACUUACUAAGGAGUUCUCUUGCCGAUCCAUCUCUCCAUCCACCACUGUGUGUGUGUGUGUGUGUGUGUGUGUGUGUGUGUGUGUGUGUGUGUGUGUGUGCGUGUGCGCACAUGUGUGAUCACAAACAUAUGUGAGACGGUGUGUAUGUGAGUAUAGGAACACUAGAAUUUGAUUUGUGGUGUUUUUAUCUCAUGUGAUUUGAUAGGAUUGUGGUAGACAGCUGUGUGUUGUGUUGAGGAAGGAGGCAGGUGGGUGGGCAAGGCUGUUGGCCCCUGUCACUGCAACACACACGAUGGAUGCACACUUUAUUGGGGAAGUCUUUGAUGACACGUUCCAGGGGGUGGGUGAAUUAAGGUCAUGAUUGUUAUUCAGAUAAUUGACAAAGUCCUAAAGGAUACAUUGCUGACACUAUGGAUUGAUUAACUCCCAGUGAUACUGCAGCUAAAAGUUUAGUUAAUAUCAGGAGUCUUGUAAGAAAAUGUGGAUGUUGACUAUUUUCUUUAUUUGGCCAGCAUUAUACGUACAAGGAUUAGUUGUGUUAUAUCACACAUUUCCACUUAUUGUACCCAAAAGAAGAUUAUUACUGUGGUCUGUGUAUGAGCAUGCCUCUGUACCAUUUUCUCUCACCUUUGUGUGAUACAUUUAUGAGUUAGUUCCAUAGCACAACAUGAGUUGCCCUGCACAGGAUAUUGAAAUCAUAUACAAUGCAUGUUCUUUUUCAGUGUGUAUCAAUUAGUAUUUGUGCCAUUCGUUUCCCAGAUUUUCCUUUUUAAUGUUAAUGCCCAUUCAUACGUAGCAGUACACGUUUUCCUACCUGCACUGUAUUAGUCAUUGUUUGACAAGAUCAGAUUGUACCAAAGAUUUGGCCUGCUGUCUUAAGGCUGGUGGCUUUGUUCUUAUUUCAGAAGUACAUCCAUAGAAUGUAAUAGCACAUAAUCCUUGUG